AUGUCGUCCAUUUGCUUUCUGAAGACUCCGGAGGCCCUGGCGUCGGUGCUGCUGAAUGCCUUCGCGAGCGCGCCGGGUGCCACGGGCGCCGGGCUGCAGGCGUUGAGCGCCGCGGCGCCCUGGGCACUGGUCGAACAUCUCGGCACCCUCUCGGUUUACUUAGCUCUUGGCAGCCCCCCAACGGCGGACGAGGAGCUCCGAGCUUGGUCGGCGUGCACCGCCAUGGGGAACACCUUGGCUUCACUGAGUCCCACUUCGAGGUCUCUCUUGUCUCCCUGGGCGUGGGCUCACCUCGAUCAGCUUUGCAGCUCUCAGUCCUCGCGCCUGGUGCGUCCGGCCAUGCGUUGCCUGUGCCUGGCGGCGGUGGCCGAGGGCCGCUUGGAACGGCUGCUGCGACACCUGCGUCCGGCGGUGCAGCUGCUGCACUCGCAGCUCGAAGCGCCGGAGGUGGACAUUGCAGAGAACGGUGCUGUGCUGCGCGCGGCUUGGCUUUGCGCUUGCGCCUGUGAAUUUUGUGAUUUGAACCAAAUGGCCACAGCCACAGAUCUAGGCCUUGCACGGCCGACCCUGGCAUCGCGAGGGAAGCGUCCGCGUCCCACGGUGGGUGCCGGGACACAGUUGGCGGAGACCUUGUUGCGCACCUGCGAGGUCUUCCUGUCCUUUGACCUGCGUGCUCCGUUGCCUGCCCUGGUCAUGGCUCUGGGCUUCGCGCUGAAGCGCCACUCGGCGCUGCUUCUGCGCGCCGCCGUGGAGACGAUUUUGGAUGCCGGCUUGGAGAACCGACCAGGCGAAGAGCUCUUGACGGAGCGAUCCUUGGAGGUGGUGACCAGUUUGUGUGAUCAUCUCGGCCAGGAGGCUGACGCAGGAGCCAAGACUUCCCUGUCCACCCACCUCUCCAAGCUGGCGCGCCACGCGCCCGCCGCGCGGCACCUGGCGCACCUGGGCUUGCACCGCCGCGCCGAGCCCUCGGACGGCCCAGUGCGCCUGGUGGCGCUGCGCGCGCUGCGCGCGCUGCAGCGGGCGGGGCUGGCGGGUCAUCCCAGCGCCCUGGGCGCCGCUGCGCUGCCGGCGCUCUUCGACGUCUCUUCUCGACAGCAGGGCUCCGCUUUGCUGUGUGCACUGGCGCGGCGCGACCCACAGGCGCUCCCGCAGUGCCUGGUCCCGGGGCUACGGGACGCCUUUGCAGCGCUGCUAUGGCAAGCUCCACAGCAGCUGGCCCUGGGCCCUUCGAAGAACAACCACUUGUCACGUGCUGCAACGGAGGCGGCCAAGGCCUUUGCCCUCUCAGGGCGCAAUGCUCGAGAGAAAUGGCUGCGAGCGAUUGUGGGAGAGCUGGGCAACAGCUUCAGCGAAGACCGCUUCCCGGCGCUGCCUUCGGAGCUGGGCCUCUCGCGGCGGCUGAAGCCCUUCGCUCGACGCGCAUCGCCGAGUGCGGCGAAGCUUCAAGAGACGAGCAGCCGCAGCUUGGAUUGGACCGACUCAUGGCCUCGGGAACCACGGCUGCAGCUGCUCUAUUCGCAUUUCUUGGCACAAGUCCUGGUGGCCUUGCCCUUGGCUGACGGUGUCCACAGUGAGAUCAAGCUCGUCACCGAGGAGUGUGAGAAGUUCCUGGAGCUGCGCGCAGCCUCCGCCGCCUCUGCCAUGGAGCACGAGGGCUCGAUCAGCGAUGCCACUUUGCGCAUUUGCAUCAUCUCUGUGGUGGAGAAGGCGCUGCUGUCCGCCCUGCGGGCGGAGCUCCCCUCGCGCCCGGCCGCGCUGCUGGCGGCGCUGGCGCCGCGUCGGGAGGCGCUGCUGGGCGCGGUGCUGGGCGACGCGGCGCAGGCGGAGCAGUGCUUCGCGGAGGCGCAGAACGGUGUGAUCCUUAGAUCCGGGGGCUCCCCGGCCUCGCGCCGCGACCGCGAGCGUGAUGGGAAGAGCUCCAUCUCUUUGAAGAAGCGGAAAGCCGCUGGAGGAAGUGAGAAGCUGAAGACUCCGAAGAAGCGCAAGUUGAAAGGCUCUUCCGAGGCCGGAACUCCGCAGGUGGCUGCAUGA